AUGACCUCCGCCCAUCUCCCUACCUCACGUCUCCUUUCCGCCGCCCCUAGUCAACCUCCGCCGCCCUACCUCGCCUUCCACCGCUCUACCGAUCCUUCCGCCAUCACCUCCGCCCAUCUCCUUACCUUACGUCUCCUUUCCGCCGCUCCAAUCAAUGUCCGUCGCCCUACGUCGCUUUCCGCUGCCCUACCGAUCCUUCCGCCACGACCUCCGCCCAUCUCCCUACCUCACGUCUCCUUUCCGCCGCCCCUAGUCAACUUCCGCCGCACCGCAUCGCAUUCCGCUGCCCUACCUAUCCUUCCGCCACGACCUCCGCCCAUCUCCUUACCUUACGUCUCCUUUCCGCCGCUCCAAUCAACUUCCGCCGCCUCACCUCGUCUUCCGCUGCCCUACUUAUCCUUCCGCCAUGACCUCCGCCAAUAUCCUUACCCUACGUCUCCUUUCCGCCGCCCUACAUCGCUUUCCGCUGCCCUACCGAUCCUUCCGCCACGACCGCCGCCCAUCUCCCUACCUCACGUCUCCUUUCCGCCGCCGCUAGUCAACUUCCGCCGCCCCGCAUCACAUUCCGCUGUCCCACCUAUCCUUCCGCCACGACUUCCGCUCAUAUCCUUACCCUACGACUCUUUUCCGCCGCCCAAGAGCACCUUCCGCCGCUCCACGUCUCCUUCCGCCACCCGAAACCAUCGAUACCAAUACCAUUAUGCCAGUUCCUGA